CAAGACGUGAAUGCACUGUAUAGACAGUACGAAAGUAUCGAGACUCGCGUGAUAAAGAUGCUAAUAUAUAUUUGAAAGCUAAGCAAAUUAAUAAGAUAAUUGGAGACACCAAAGUAUUUAAAACAAUUUUCAAAAUGACUGAAGAAGAUUCGGUAUUUGAUCCUACUUUGAAAAAGAAAAAGAAGAAAAAGAAAACUACUUUUGAUCUUGAUGCAGCAUUUAAUGAAAGUGGUAGUACUGGAGAUGUCUUAGAAAAUACUGAUAAAGAAAAUCAAGAACCUGAACCUUCUGCACCAGCUGAAGAUGACGAAGCAUUGGAUUUAGAAAAUUUUGGAAGGAAGAAAAAGAAGAAGAAAAAAGCAUUUAAUUUAGAUGAACUUGAUGCAGCUUUGCCUGAUGCAAAGAAAGAGGAUAUUGUUGAACAACAAACAGAAGAAGUUAUUGUGGAUGACACUUUUGACUUAGAUAUGGACUUCUCAAAAACUAAAAAGAAAAAAAAGAAAAAGAAAGAUCUUGAUGAAUUAGUAGCUGAAGAAGAACGUAAGGAAAUUGAAGAUAAAGAAAAUGAAGAAACAAGUUGGGUUGGAUCAGACAGAGAUUAUACUUAUGACGAAUUAUUGGUAAGAGUAUUUAAUAUUAUGAGAGAAAAAAAUCCAGACAUGGUUGCUGGUAAAAAACAGAAGUUCGUCAUGCGUCCUCCGCAAGUAGUACGUAUAGGCACUAAGAAAACAUCUUUUGCUAACUUUACAGAGAUAUGCAAAACUCUUCAUAGGCAACCAAAACAUUUACUCGACUUUUUACUCGCUGAAUUAGGAACUAGUGGUUCUGUUGAUGGAAAUAGUCAACUUAUCAUUAAGGGUCGUUUUCAACAGAAACAAAUAGAAAAUGUUCUUAGGAGAUACAUUAAAGAAUAUGUUACCUGCCACACUUGUCGUUCUCCAGACACCAUUCUUCAAAAAGAUACCCGACUAUUUUUCUUACAAUGUGAAACUUGUGGUUCAAGAUGUUCAGUAGCUAGUAUAAAAUCUGGUUUUCAGGCUGUUACAGGAAAACGUGCAGCUAUUCGAGCAAAAACUGCCUAAAAAAUUUGUCUUGUAUCACGUUUAUCAAUUUUGUAGCAUAAUUUUGAAAUUAUCUGAGAUUUCUUGUGUCAGAACGCAAUUUUUUACAAUAUCUAUUAUAAUGGUGUGCAAUUUGAACAUUAAUUUUUUUACUUAUAGCAAUUGAAAAUGAUCGAUUAAAAAAAAAAACAUUGUAAAAUUUAUUGCACAAUAUUUUUUAUU